GACUGGUUGUUCCACCUGCAGGCCGCUAGGACGCUAAUGAGCUGCGUGUUCCUAAGACAGAAGAAGAAGAAGCAGCAGCAGCGGUGCGUCAUCAGGAAGUUUUGUGGGCAGCGUCGGUGUUUUCAGAUCUUCAGGAUGAGUGGUGGAGGAUCUGAACAGAAACGGAGCUCCAGACCUCCACAGCAGCCCAGAGACGAGGACGAAGACCACUUCUACGACUGCCAGGAGACUCUGGAGCCUUCUGAUGGGGGUGGAGGCAGCAGGGAGGAGGGUGGAGCCAACAGAGAGGAGGGUGGAGCCAACAGAGAGGAGGGUGGAGCCAGCAGGGACAAAGGCGGAGUUAGCAGCCAAAUGGACGUUCAACAGGACGCCACUGUAACGAAGGACUCUCAGGUUAACAUGAACAGAAGAAAUGACACAGGAGGAGAACGACAGGUUCUACAGGACGACGGGCUGCAGGACGACGGGCUGCAGGAGAAGCUGCAGGACGACGGGCUGCAGGAGAAGCUGCAGGACGACAGGCUGCAGGACGACGGGCUGCAGGAGAAGCUGCAGGACGACAGGCUGCAGGACGACAGGCUGCAGGACGACAGGCUGCAGGAAGACGGGCUGCAGGAGAAGCUGCAGGACGACAGGCUGCAGGAAGACGGGCUGCAGGACGACGGGCUGCAGGAAGACGGGCUGCAGGACGACGGGCUGCAGGAAGACGGGCUGCAGGACGACGGGCUGCAGGACGACGGGCUGCAGGACGACGGGCUGCAGGAAGACGGGCUGCAGGACGACGGGCUGCAGGAAGACGGGCUGCAGGACGACGGGCUGCAGGACGACGGGCUGCAGGACGACGGGCUGCAGGAAGACGGGCUGCAGGAAGACGGGCUGCAGGACGACGGGCUGCAGGACGACGGGCUGCAGGAAGACGGGCUGCAGGAAGACGGGCUGCAGGACGACGGGCUGCAGGACGACGGGCUGCAGGACGACGGGCUGCAGGAGGAUUCAGAUUCAGAGAUUAAGGAGGACGUCGGACCAACGGUGGAGUUUGACGAUGACUACCUGAGAGAGGUGGAGAAGGAGCUGACGGAGGAGGAGAAGGAGAGUCGACGGCAGCAGAGUUUAACUCUGAAGGAAGAAGGAAACAGCCAGUUUAAAGCAGGAGACUGGUCGGCAGCAGGGCGGAGCUACACGGAGGCAUUGGUUUUGUGUCCAGUUUGUUACAGCAGAGAGAGAGCCGUGCUGUUCUCCAACAGAGCUGCUGCAAGACUUCACCUGGACCUGAAGGACCAGGCGAUCUCUGACUGUAACAGAGCGAUAGAGCUGAAUCCAGAAUACCUACGGGCGUUGCUGAGGAGGGCGGAGCUUUACGAGCAGACCGAGAAGCUGGACGAGGCUCUGGAGGACUACAAGAAGGUUCUGGACCGGGACCCGAACCACCCCGGAGCCAGACAGGCCUGCAUGAGGUUGCCUCAGCAGAUUCAGGAGAGGAAUGAGAAGUUGAAGGAGGAAAUGAUCAGUAAGCUGAAGGACCUGGGCAACAUGAUCCUGCGUCCCUUUGGACUCUCAACCAACAACUUCCAGGUGAACCAGGACUCCUCCAGCGGCUCCUACUCCAUCAACUUCGUCCAGAACCCCGGCAACAGAUGACGUCAGCGUGACAUCACCAUGGGCAGCAAUGACAUCAGCAGACCUGCCUCUCCUUCAGUUAUUUGAUGUUCCUGAACCCAGAUCAGUCCCUGAUGGACUUAUUGAUCACAGAGACUCCAUUAUUGACAACUUUCAGCUGGUCCAGUAAUAAAACCUGAUCAAUAAAGAUUAUUUCUGCUGGA